AUGCAUCUCAUAUUUAGUAAUAGCUAUAGAAUGUAAUGGAAGCAAGACUUAUUUUCAUAACCUAUAGAACAGGUUGCAAUCUAUCCUCAAGCCAUCUUAAUUCCACUUAAAUAACUUUCUCCCAGGCAAUUUACCUGGCCCAUAAUGAUUUUUGUUCCUUGUUUUUGCAAAUAAAAGUGCCUCAGGUGUUUCAUGUGACAGCCCCCUCGUCUUGUCAAAACUCGCCUGUAAGUGGCUGGAGGUCAGAAAAACUGGUAUAUUGCAUGUAAAGGGGUAAAAAGCAUGCAUGCCGGGUCCUGGAUUACUCAUCACAUCUGAACGUGCCUGCUCAUAAAUAUAAUCGCUUUUGGAGCACAUUUUUAUACAGAAGAACAGGGGGUACAACAAGAAGAUUUCUCCUAAACAAGAGUCAAGUAGUUAACAUGGAAUGGACAAGGUAACCAAAACCAAGAUUGUGAAAGUAGAGGGGGGAUCUGGAGGAUCUGGAAAAGAAAUCCAGAAACACACAGAAACUGUAAGGACCACACGACUGACAUCUCUACCCCCAAAGGGCAACAGCGGCUCUGUGAGCAGCCAACAGGUACUGACCUCCAUAGUGAACAGCUCAGGAUCUGGAGGAGCUUCAGGAGGAGCUGUUCUGGUGGAGAAGAAGAUCAUCACCCAGAGCAGUGCUGAAGGAGGCGCGUCCAGAAGUUAUGUCAUAUCCUCCUCCUCGUCUGGAAGUUCAGCCAACAGCAGUUCAGGAGCAGGAUCUGUGAUUGGUGGAUUCGGAGAAAUAUCUCGUGAAAUCAGUGUAACCGGGCCGAUCAGUAGCUCUACAGUUAAAAGCUCUAGUUCUGCAGUUAAAAGCUCUAGCAGCGUCUCUACCUCCAUCACAACAGCUGGCGGUUCCUCAGCAACAGGUGGAGAGCUUUCUUCUGGAUACGGCUUCAUCUCCUCCUCUGAGUUUGCGUCUGGUUCCUCAGGCGGUUCUGUUAGUGUUUCUGGAGGCAGUAUGAAUAUAUCCAGAGGUGGAGGAGGUGGCGCUGGCUCCGGAGGAACUUCCAGCUCCAUGACUGUGACCAAGUUCAGCUCCUCGUCCCCCAGCGGGACACGGAAAGGUUUGAGUUACAGCACAGUUCCUGCAGAGAGGAAGACCAGUCUGAGCCUUCACACUGGAGGAUAUGAGGGGAGCUCCAGUGGCAAUUCUUCCCCUGAAUACAUUAAGAAAGAAUACGUUUCGACAAGUGCUGCCACUAGAGGACGCACUCAAACACGAGAGAGUGAGAUCAGAGCCAGAUUGCAGAGUGCCUCACCCUCAACUAGAUGGACAGAGCUGGAUGAUGUUAAGAGAUUACUGAAGGGAAGUCGCUCCGGGAGCAUCAGUCCACCUCGUUCUCCCACCAACACCCUACCUAUCCCCAAAAAAGGCAGUGUGGACACCCGUCAUGACAGCCAGUCAGGUUAUGACAGCACAGUCCUGGAUGCAGGAUUCAGCGGAUAUUACACCAGCCCAAACAAUCUCAGUUACACCACACUGCAACAACCAUCAUCACCCACAGGUGGCAUGCAGAAUAAUCUGACCCUCAGCUCAUCUGCCCUCAGUAGUGCAGUAUAUGGGAUGCAUAAUAACCUGUCAACAUCUGGUGGUGCUCUCAUGGUUAAUGGAAUCAGUGCUGGCCAAGUGUAUGGGGCACAUAAGAAUGUUGGCAGCGCUGGAUUGGCCACCACUGUUACUACUGUUCCCAGCAGCCCUAUCACCGCUGAUGAUGUGUUUGUGAAAGAUGGCAAGUUUAUUGCGAUUGGAAAAGAAAAUGUAGCAGCUAAGAAAGAGACUGAGCGACUGAUCAUGUCCAAAAACACUGGCAAACAGUUCAUCACUUCUACCGCCAGUGCUGGAGCAGAUUCUGAAGAUUCACUGAAGAGGGAGAAAAAGAUGAUCUCCAGCAUUACUGAAUCCACAAUGACAGCUUCCAGAGCCUUAACGAAAGACAAGGCAACCUAUGCAGAGAUCCGUAAAGAUGAGUCUGACGGUGCAGGACUAGGAUUCUGUUCCUGCUGCUCGUGGUGGAAGUGGCUUCUGGCACUGAUUUUAGGUCUUCUCCUUCUACUGGGACUCCUCUGUGGUCUCAUCGCACUGGGCGAAGAGGUCCGGAAGCUGAAGGCUCGUGUGGACGCUAUUGAUGGCGGAGAAAGCGCAGUCUCUGCUCGAACCAGUCGUUUGUCCGCCUCCUCUGCUGUCAACAUCAUUGAUCCACUGGAGUCUUCAUACGCUGAGCGCAUCCCUGGCGUCCGUGCCGAUAACACUAUAAACCUGGGUUCAGCGUCUACUGCACAAGACCCUGUGGUUCUGCAGAGGACCAUCCAACAGAUCCUCAGAUCCGAACUUCAGUCAGACACCGUCAGAGCUUCACUGGCAACUUCACUUAAGGGUGAGAGAGGAGAGCCUGGGCCUAAAGGUGACCAAGGACCUCCUGGAGUGAAAGGUGAUACAGGGUUUCCUGGAAUUCCAGGUCCUCCUGGUCUCAUUGGUCACCCUGGACAGGAAGGUCCUCGAGGACCCAAAGGAAGUGCAGGUGAAUCAGGAAAUGACGGUUUACCUGGGCCAAGGGGUCGAGAGGGGCCAGCGGGACCCAGAGGAGAACCGGGACCCCCGGGAUUUGGAGAGAAAGGAGAGAAAGGUUCAUCUGGCGAUGGUGGUGCGCCUGGGCUAGCAGGACCACCAGGCCCUGUGGGACCCAAAGGUGAUGCAGGUGCACAAGGCAUACCAGGUCUUCAAGGAGCUCCUGGACCCCAAGGCUUCCGUGGAGAUUCUGGUGAUCCUGGACCCAAGGGUGACAAAGGACCUGCUGGGCCACCUGGGGUCAAAGGCGAUCAGGGAGAGAGAGGACCACGUGGUGCCACUGGUGAGCCAGGUCAGGUCGGACCAGCGGGGCCUCCUGGUGAGAAAGGUCUUAAAGGAUCAGCAGGUGCUCCCGGGCCAGAUGGUGUUAAAGGAAUUCGAGGAGAUCAAGGUCCGAUUGGUUUGCCUGGAGCUCGGGGACCCACAGGGCCUCCUGGAGAUGCAGGAAUACCAGGUACACCAGGACUCCAAGGACCACCAGGUUUGCCAGGUAUGCCGGGCCAGCCAGGAGCUAAAGGUGAGCACGGUGAGCCCGGAAGAGUCAUUUCUGCAGGCGCUAAUACUAACACCGUGGGUGUACCUGGACCACCUGGACCUCCUGGAGCUCCAGGUCCUGGCGGACCACCUGGACUAUCAGGUCCUGUUGGUCCUGCUGGUCUUCCUGGUUCACCUGGUUCAAAGGGAGAUAAAGGAGACAAAGGAGAAGAUGGGAAGCCUGGAGUCUCUGAGAGCGCAGGGAAGAAAGCUGCUUCUGAACCUGGUCCUCCUGGCCCACCUGGCCCACCAGGACCAACCGGACCACCUGGGAAUGAUGGAAAACCAGGUAUUGGUCAACCUGGUCCUCCUGGUGAAAAAGGUGAACCGGGAAGCUUUGUACCCACUUCAGGAACCUUCUUUGCUGGACCCCCUGGUCCUCCUGGACCUGUUGGAUCACAAGGUGAUAUUGGCCCUCAAGGUUUCCCUGGCCAGCCUGGAUUACCUGGAGAACCUGGAAUCGGUAUUCCAGGACAGCCAGGGUCACCAGGACCACGUGGAGAACAAGGUUCUGAGGGUCCACCAGGACCACAGGGACCUCAAGGACCAAUGGGUCCCAUGGGGCCAGAAGGUCCAAAAGGUGAUGCUGGAGUCCCAGGGGCCCCUGGCAUUCCAGGAUAUUCCUACGGUGGAGGAUCCAGAAGCGCUCCAGGUCCUCCAGGUCCACCUGGACCCCCAGGGCUUCCUGGAGCACCUGGUUCAUCGGGUGGUGGCUCACCAGAUGUUGUUCAACAGAUUUCAGACUACCUCAGAAGUGAACCCAUCAGAGAAUACCUGACCGGACCUCCAGGCCCACCUGGAUCACCAGGAUCUUCCGGAUCAGGCUCUGAAGAUUCUCUGGCUAACCGUGUUAUUGAAUACCUUCAAAGAGAUGAGGUGAGGCAGUACCUGAUUGGUCCUCCAGGGCCCCCAGGACCCCCAGGUGUGCCAGGUGGAUAUGGCUUUAACACUCAGGAAGUUGCUGGACGAGUGCUAAAUCUGAUAAACGAUGCUGGUUUCAGAGGUCUUCCAGGACCUCCCGGUCCCCCAGGACCUCAAGGACCACCAGGAAGCGCCGGAGGUCUAGUGUCUUACGCCGCUAAUGAAAACCAACAGCAAAUCCACGCAAAGCCUCAGGAGUAUAUCAAAAGGCAUCCAAGCUCUGAUGAGAAUUUGGAUUACGCAGCCAUCGCUAAACAGGUUUCAGAUUACAUUAAGUCUCAUGGCCUGUUAAAAGGCCAGGAUGGUUUGACAGGGUUUCCAGGUCCACGAGGUCCAGCAGGAAACCCUGGACGUGAUGGAUUCCCUGGAAUCCCUGGAUCUCCUGGACGUAGUGGACCCUCUGGACCCCCUGGACCUCCAGGAAUCAGUGUAGAAUUUUCUUCCUCCAAUAUGACAGAAAUCAUGGACUACAUCAGAGAAAACCAUAUGAUUGGACGACCAGGUAUACCAGGGCAGAAAGGGGAGCUGGGAUAUCCUGGACCACCAGGACAGAAAGGUGACACAGGAUUCCAAGGUCCAUCAGGUCCAUCAGGCUUCUCAGGUCUCACAGGAAUGAAAGGAGAAAAGGGAGAGAAGGGUGAGGCUUCAUAUGUCACUCGCAGGAGGAGGAGGAGCACAGUCAUUUAGCUAGUGUGCCUUAAACAGCUAAUGCUUUAAAAAUGACAUGUACAUAUUUAGUCUUUUCUAUUCUUUUUUUCUUACUUUAGAUCAAUUUAUUACAAAAAGCUAAAUAUAUUCACAUUGAAUUAACAAGCAUUACGUGAUCAAAUUCACCUUUAUGAUACCAGUUUUAAAGAGAAAAUAUUUUUGCGCAUGUAUUUUUCCUGACUGCUUUUCUUGCAUGAAUGCAGAAUGGGAUUUAACAUAUAAUCUGGGGGUGUGCUUUAUAUUCUGCUUUUUCUCAUUUGUGCUGUUAAAAUGCUUU